GCUUGAGCCAGUAAAACUAGAUCCUUUCAUCUCGGCGGAGCUUACUGACAACCAGCCGUCUGGUUUCCUAGGAAACAAAAUCUUGGCUAGAAAUAGUGAAUCAUUUCCAGGUCACUUUCAACAUGGAGAGUGGAGCAGGGAAGCAUUGGACUGAGGAGGAGGUUAAAGCCUUGUUAAGCGUCUGGUCAGAAAAAAAUAUCAGAAAGCAACUCCACGGCACCCUGAGGAAUAAAGGAAUAUUUAUCUACAUUGCUAAAAGGUUGCAGGAGUUAGGAGUUUGCAGGGAUUGGAAACAGUGCCGUGCAAAGUAUAAAAAUCUGAAGUAUGAAUACAGAACGGUUAAAUAUGCCCACAACUCUGGGGAUGUCACUAAAACCAUGAAGUUUUUCCAUGAUCUGGAUGCCAUAUUGCGAUAUGAACCUGUCACACAAUUAGCAGCAGAAGAAAACGGCAGGUGUUCUGCGACUGAGACGCAGCUGAACACAAGCCCCACAACAGAGAGCACGCAAGGUGAAAUAUCAGUUUCUUUAGAAGAUGAUGAGGAUGCUCCAGGAGAUCCACUACUUUUUAUGUCCCAUGUCAGACCAGUUCAACUAGGUAACCCGUAUCUGUGUCUCUCCCCUACCCCACACGAUGCAGGUAACCCAACAUCAGCAAUACAGGCUUCCAAAACACCGGCUUUUAUUCCAACAGUAGCAAAUGAAGGAGGAAAACACUGGACUGUUAAUGAAGUCAGAGCUUUGAUACGCAUAUGGUCAGACAAAAAUAUCCAGCAACAACUGGAGGGGACAGUGAGAAAUAAAAGAAUAUUUGAACAGGUUGCUGCUAGACUUCAAAAGUUUGGAAUUGACAGGGACUGGAAGCAGUGCAGGACUAAAUACAAAAAUCUGAAACAUGAAUACAAGAGUGUAAAAAGUGCCCAAGACUCAGGGAGUACAAGUAAAAGUAUGAAAUUUUUUAAUGAACUGGAUGCUAUUCUGGGGCACAGCACCAUGGAACAAGCAAGUAAAUCAGAUAUUGAUGAAAGUGAGAGGCCUCCAGAAUGGACAGAAGCAAAGUCAGAAAAAGACUCCAUAGAAAUGCCUGGAGACACAGGUGAAGAGGACUCUGUUAGUAAUAUGUCAGAAGACCUACAGGUUGCAGAUAUAAAGAAAGUUUCUGACUCAGAUGAUGUUACUGUAAAUACUACUCCAGAGAAUCGGGCAGCUCUGCAUAUAAGGAAAGAAACAGCUAUGACAAAAAUCCCUGAAGGUGAGGGGGACUUCACCAACUCCACCCCGGCAGCUCUGGGAGCUACACAAAUAAAGAAGGAGACAAUUGACAUAGAUGAUGAUUCUAUAAGCACUACCUCAGAAGACAGAUCUUGUACGCCAGUUGCAAAACGAAUGGUUGGGACAGACAAUCACAUUCCCUUGGAAGAAGCACAAAAUCACUUUAAAGUUAUUACAGUUAAUGAUACUGGAGCAGGAAAACACUGGAGUGAUAAUGAAGUCAGAGCACUCAUAAACAUAUGGUCAGAUGAAAAGAUACAACAAAUGCUUGAAGGGGCCACAAGAAAUAAAGAAAUAUUUGAGGAAAUUGCCAGGAGAUUAAUGAAAAGUGGUAUAGACAGAGACUGGAAACAAUGUCGCACAAAGUACAAGAACCUAAAAUAUGAAUACCGUGCACUGCAGAAGGAAAACGAGCAUCUUGGAAAUCCCAGGAGAAAAAUGAGAUUUUAUGAUGAAGUAGACUGUAUUUUAAGAAGACAGCCUCUGGGUCCCUCGAGCUGGGGAUGUGAAAGUUCAAGUCUUCUAUCAGUUUCAGUGGGAGAUGUUACAACAAACACAGGAUCCCUGAGUAUCAAGAGAAGAACAUGGAACGAUGAGGUGUCACCUGUUCCACUUAAGAAAAGUGCUUCUGAAAACACCAUACUCCACUUCCAAAAGCUAUUAACAGAGAGAGUCCACACAGUAACGGAAGGCAAAAAGUUACUGUUAGAAAGGCUUUGUAAGCAGGAAGAAAUGCAAGACCUCAACAGAACGCAGCUGUAUGCUGAUCCAUCAGCCAUACAACAGGUUGGUUUAAUGAACUUUCUAUGAAAUUAGCAUGCAAAGAUAUUCUCUCAGUAAGGAACUGAAUAGACUAAUUUAUGGGGGUAGGUCACCUGCUUGCUCCCCUUUAAUAUAUUCACCUUCAGUCUCUUAAACUAAAACAAGGUAUGAGUUCCCACUGUAGUCCAUAACUAUGAGCUUUUAGCAAUGAUGUCAGUUAGCCCAAUAAAAGAUACAAUCUCUGCCUACAUGCCUUGGCUCACCUACAUGCCACAGUUAACAGACUUAAUUGGAAGAAAGUAACACUUUGACUGAUCAAAGCAAGUAUGUACUGUUAAAAUUCCAUCCCACCAUUUCCAAUUACCAUCUCUACAACCUUCCUAGCAAGUUGGUCCUCUGCAAUUAACCAAACAGUUGAAGCCAUAAGAGAACUUCCUUUUGAUUAGGCAAGGCUGGUGCAGAAAAACCAACACUUAUUCCUUUAUCAGCAUUUACCUGCAUGCUGGCCCCACCACUUGCCUAUGCUGGGUUGGGGGACCAUCCCCAUCUGCCCUCUAAGGUAUGGUGCUGUGCAGCAAUGAACUGGAGAAUCCAAUGAGCCUGAAAGAAAGUACACAAAGUUCAUGCCCACCUAGAAGGUGUAGGCAUGGGUUCUCAUCCCUGUUCUGUACUGGGCAAGGGGUCUGCCUUGUCCAGUAACCAAAUGAAGUACAGAAAACAUAGAAACAGUACACAGGGAACAGUGAUGUGGUAAGUGACAAAUGCCACGCCAAAACUAACCAAUACUCUACAAAAUCCUACUAGCCACUACUUCGUUUAGUGAUUCUCUAAGUACUCUACAACCUGUAUUGCCUGCAAGACAUGAAUUUCCAGGGUUUUCCUUUCAGUGUAUUCAAGCAGAACAACUCAUUUCUGGAUCUCAGUCAUGUCUGGGCAUAGACCCACACAGUCCUGCCAAAGCUAGGUCAGUUCUGGGCACGCACAAGGGCACAGCUGAAGUCCAACAGUCAAGUCCUUACUGCAGCAGCAACAGCUGCCAGGUUUUUUUAUACACCGAGGCCUAAAUUCCAUCCAAGUCCCUCUACAUACAAUCUUACACAAAAAUAUUACUGGAUAUAGUCCUUUGUUUCCCACUCUAUGGUUAAUUGUUUUCUUGUUAAUUCUUUUAUGAGAGACAUGACAAAGGUAAAUAAUUUCCACCAAGGUAGAUUUUAUCUGUCAAUUGACUAGCAUUUUUAAAACAAUUCUGAGAAGUCAGAUAAGAUCCCUAGAGAAUCACUGGGUUUUGAUCAUACUGUAUGUGACAUGGACAUACAGUUGUUCCAGUGUAUGCUUAUCUACAACUUUUCACAUUUUACAUUGGUUUCUUCUUUGGCUUGUAAUACUAGUAUCAUUGUUGGUUUAAAAAUAUUUUUUCUCUCUUUGCAAUGAGUUGGUUCAAGGAUACAUCCUUGAACUUGCAACAUAUUACUUGUACUACUGCCUUUGAACAAGGGAUCUGUCCCUGCCAUCACAGCAGUUAGGUAUCCUUCCAUAACAUGCUGAGACAGCUGAAGACCUCACCAUUCCUAUCAGGCCUAAAAUCACAGGUUACUCCUUCCACAUGUGAACCAGAAAAAUGUGUGAUCCAACCCUAAUUCACUCUAGUACAUUUAAACAGUUUAGUUCAAUUUAAAUUUAAAUUAAGUUUUAAAAUAACUGUACUUAAGAUAAUAUGGAUCACUUACAUGUUCUGCUUUACAUCCUGUUUCAUGACUGCAAGGCUCAAGUUGAUUUGAUAACACACUGCAACAAGAAGAUCCCCUUUGCUCCAUGCUACUCUAAGCAAGCUGAUGCUUGUUGGAUCCCCUGUAAACCAGUUCAGAUCACUAACCUGACACGAGACUAGCCCAGUUGGGAAAAAAAAGCAAAUGGUUUUCUGUGUGAGCUGAAGCAGCCCAGCAAGUUCUCAGCUGUGCUAGCCCUAACUUUGAGCAGCUCAAAGGUUGUUUUUGUUGCAGUGUGACUGCCCUCGAAUAAGAAAGGCUAACCUGAGGGAGGCACUUAGCACUGCAGAGAAAAUAAACUGUUCUUAAAAUUGAGUGAUGCACAAGGAUGACAAUCUCUCCAAAACUUUGCUGUCAUUCAGUACAAUGUCCCCCCAGAAAUGUUCUUUUCUUCCAGAAAAUAAAAAAUACUAAUUUUAUUUAUUAAAAUAAGCAGGUAUUUCAAGACAUAGGUAUCUGUUUUUAAAUGCUGUUGUUCAGGUGAGAACAGCAAAAAAGCACUGAGGCAAAGAACUGUCUAAAUUCGUAGUAGGUCAGAGCAGAGAAUCGCAGAGCACACUUGUAGUCUCUAUUUGGAAACUGUUUGUAUCAACACUAGAGGGUAGAUAUGAAGCAAGAACUGACAGGAAAAAAAAGAACACAAGUGGCUUUCUGAAGAUUUUCUCAGAACACUUCCAGAGAGUGGGAUUUACCUGACAAACAAAGGUCCAAAGAAGGUAGACUUCCCUUUGUGUGGGAUUCCACUUCUAUUCUGUGUUGUGGCUGCAAAGCAGAGCUUGCUUUUUGUAAUUCUUUAGUCAGAAAGCUAUCUCCUCCUUUCCUGCUGCUCACAUUUAUUUUUGGUCAAAGAUGGUAAGAGAUGUCAACGGCAUGGGGCAUUUGGCAUCAUCUAGUAUUUAGGUGCUACUCCCAUUUAUACAGACAACAAUUAAUUUACUUGAAUAUGUAGGAUGCUGAGAUAAUUAAAUCAAAGUGGCAUCAAGACAAUCUUUCUUCACUGCAGUUGUAGUUACGAUUCCUUAUCACUUUUUGCUUAGAGACAGGGUAACAUGAACGUUGUACAUUUAGAAUUCUGAUUGUCUAGAGCUAUGGUCUGUCUCAUUUUGACAGCAUCCCUCAGGGUAGUGACAACAGGCAAAAUGGAUGUCACUGGAGUGAAGGAUUUCUCAAAAAAAGUACCUUCAAAAAUAACAUUAGUUAAUCCCACUCAUUCUUCCAGUGUAUUUUUAUAUCCAUCUGAGCUUGUGCUGUGGGUCUCCUCUGAUCACAGCUUUACAUUUAUUACAGUCACACAGUAUUUAGUCUAGGAACACUUGUUACCGUAAAAGCCAGCUUACAGGCAAGUUAAAUGUAAGUUAGGACACCAUCUGAAACAUGCUAAAUGGUUACAUGUAGGACUAAAAGUGUUUUGAAGGAGAGACCUUCUUAGACAUAGAUCUACAACAUGGUUCCUUUUUAGCAGAAAGGUCAGACCAAGUUGUUUCCAUGUAACUGCUCCUGAGAAUCUUAAUAUAAAUUACAUCAUGAAAAUUAUACCGCUUAAAACCAACACCAAGUAAUGAUGACAAGAGCAGCAAUCCUAUAGAAAACAGAUCUUUGCUCUUCUUCCUCAAAUAUCUACACUAUUACUAUUACACUAUUAGUAGAUUAGUAAUUAAUUUACUAAUUAUUAUUACUGAAUAGGGGACUAUUCAGGUUACUGUAAGGGCAAAUCUGUCUCCUCCUCAGUUUGCAAAUGGCAAUACUGUUAAAUUUUGAGGUGUGACAGAUAAAUGGAGCAAUCACCACUCCUACCCAUAUUAAAAAGUUCCACUCUUCUCUAAAGCACACUCAUUCACUGAGAAGAGUGGGUCACUUUACAAGUCUUCGAUAGCGCUGUUAGAUUUAUCUCCCGGUAGACCAAAUUAUAUUUGGGCCAAAUGCUGGAGAAUGAGCUUCAGGGAGCAGAAAUGCUUGUAUUGUUGGUGGAUCCACAAGCACUAUCAGCAUCACUGUCCCUUAAAAGACUCACUCUCCAGAUUCUCAACCUUUGUUCCUUCUCCUGCAGCAAGGUCUCCUUUGUGUUGGCACAAAGCACUCAUGUGGCCAAGCAGUUAACCAACUGACAGAACUGAUUUAAAUUAAAACCUAAUAAAAAGCCCCUCCAAACAAUCCUGCUUUUUUUUUAAGUUCAAGGAAAGUAGUGUAAGAGACCACAGAAAAGAGCAGCCAGAACACUUUAUUUGAACUGAACUACCAAACAUGAACCUCCUGUGCUGUGUACAACCCUCCCUCCAUGCAUUAGGCUCAUAUUUAAGGUAUGGGCAGACAAGCGAACAGAGCAAUCCUGUGGAAAUUACUGGGAGAGCUGGAUCAUGCCUACAUGGAUGACUCAACUACAGUCACUGUGAAGAAAAACGUCUCCAACUUUAUGGCUAGGUUCGUUUAAUGGAAAGUCUGUUGACCACAAUAAACAUAAUGGCUGUCUCUGAAACAUCCUCGUGUAUAUAUAUAUUUUGGCAUCACAUCCCUCCUGCUUUUUUCCUCUCAUUCUUACAUUAUCUCAUUCCAGUUGGUUAGUCCACAUCCAGAAAUAAAAGCUGAGACCAAACUGCAUUUUCUGACAUGCACGUCUAAGAGAUUUGGUUAGAAUGGAAAUCCGUUAUCUUCACUUUCCAAAAACGAAUGUUCAGGAACCUGAGCCCUGCAGGAAGUUAUGUAAAACAACUGAGCAGAUAUAGCAGCUCACCACAGCAAAAAGGUGUUACUCCUCCUCCCUUCCUGCAGGAAUAAGCUUUGUGGAUCUGGGCUAUCAGCACCUAGCAACACAGAAUGGCCUAUAAAAGUAAUUCAAGGUAGAACUAAAAGAUAAAGUCUGACUACAUCCACAUUCACUAAGUGUCUCUGAAAGUAUUCAGGAAUGUUUUACCAGCACAUAGAGUGUGAAUAUUCCAGUAAAACAGUAUACAGACUCAAUCACUAGCUAGACAAACACCCAGUAUAUUCCUAGGGAAUUUACAUAGAAACAUGGUUAAUUACAAAGUUAGGCAUUUAGACAAUUAAAACAUUUAACACUGCAGUUCUGGCCUCUGGGGAUGGGGGAUCUGCUGAACCCAUAACGGGUUCUUGAGAUGAAGAGGUAAAUAUGUUACAUACCAAAUUAUCAGGAUCAUUACCUGUAGCAUAUCCAUGUUCCUCAGAAAAUUCCCAUCUGAGUACUAUUGCCAUUUUAAGCUUUUUGUUCAAAAGAUUAAUGGUGUAAGACAGGAUACGAAUAGGUUGCCAAAUAGCCUUUUAAAAAAAUUAUCUUGUAACUAAGAGGUUGUACAUAAAAUGUACGUACUUUCAUUACGUUAUAUUGAGUAUAGGUAUUUGGAAGGAUGGCUGAUGGGAAGCAACCAGUACUUUUACCAGAUUGAAAGAGAAGUAAAAAUUCUUAACUUAUGUUGGUGAUUAUUUGGGUUCUGUUGCAUAGGUCUUAAUAGUGGACAGUGGCAGGGAAGGUAUCAAAAAAGUGUGUUGGCCAAGCCUCCACUCUCCGUUCACUGUGAUUCUUGUAACAAAUUCCAUACAUAGACCCUGCUGAGUUGGGACAAGGAGCAUUCACUGACUUAAUAGGACUCCCACCUGCACAGAAGAGGGCUUUUAAAGACUUUUUCUAAAAAUCAGUACAAAGCUGGAUACACUCAGGUUUCAGUACACAGUAUUACUGCCAAAAAAUAUUUUCCAAGGAAUUUUGCAAAAAGUUAACAGAAAUCACACUUGUUGCAAGACUAACUUUGCAAAUUUGUCCUGGUCAAGGACUCAAAUGACGUUUAAUAGAUUUGUAAUUCAAAAGUACUCCUCCUCCCUCACCGCCCCCAAGAAGAAAGUCCUCUCCUUACCCGUAUCCUCUGACUUUAUUUUGGCAUGCUGUCAGUGGACUUUGCAGUGACUUUGUUCCCUGGCUUACAGAUUGUAAAGAUGAUUUAGAACAUCCACUUUUAAGCCUUGUUAACGUCAACUUCAGUGUAACAGCAUUAGCUUUAGCAGCUUUAAAGUUUCAAACAUUAUGAGAAUUCACUGCUAACACAUCUGUAAAAUGUGUUAAAACCAGAUGAAAAUCACUUUAAAAUGGUCUCGAGUUAAACUGGUACAAUGUUCCUAGUGUGUGGAAGGCCUUGAUUAGCCUGUGAGUAGGACUAUGACUGGUUUUCAUUUUAACUCACAGUUCACCAUUAUAUUAUGCAUUAAAAGACAAUAAAAAGCCAAGUUCUAACUUUUGCUACAAAGGAGUGUGAAUUUAAGCCUCAACAAUCUAGCAGCUGCUGUUUAAUUAAAGAAAACCAAACAAAACCAACCACCCCAACCACUUUUAAAGUUGUUGCUUAUGUCAAGAUACUGAAAUUCCAAGUCUAUCUUCUAUCUUUCAUGACGUGCCUCCUUGUGGGCCUGCUCCAGAACCUUGCUUAGAAACACAUACUGAUUUUUCAUGCAGAAUAGUUUCAGUGAAACAAUGAGCACCACUCACACACAUGCUUAAAUAUUCUGGCGACUUGAUCCAGCAUAUGGAGUUUCAAUUUUUCAGUUACAAACAUCCUCACUGAAGUAAAUCUCUCCAGUGCUGUAAUAUCUUUUUAACACUGUAAUACAAAUUAUCAAGUCAUUUUAAGCCAUUUAUCAGAAACAGCAAAGUCAUCUGCAUUGCUGCAACCAGCUACAUCAAAACAUGAAGCACAAAAAAAUUAUGCUGCAUGUUUUUAUGGCAUGUAACAAAUAUUCUGGAUCUUUAUGUAUACAGAUAAGAUUUCAAAUAUGAGAAAUUUUAACAUGUUCCCAACAGCUGCUUCAUCUUUGUGGAUCAGUAAUCUCAAAAAUUAAGUUUGAUACAAUGCCAUACUUGAAUAUACUGAUUUUUAAAAUCUAAGAUGAAAUAAGGGCCAAAUUCUGUAAUCUGAUUUAUUGCACAGGACUAAUCUGCCUAUAAAAGACCAUGCCUACGAGUUAUCUCAGGCCAGUUGUCAUUACCUAAGCAUCCUUAUAAUUUGAAGGUGAGGUCUAAAGACUGUCUUUUCUGGUGGCAAAUCAAAUUUCUGUUAGUCACUUAGGCCUGAUUGGGACUGCCCUUUAAUACCUACCAUACCUACCUUUCAUAUUUACUUAUUUUUAGAGACACUUCUUAGUUUUUAAGAUUAAAAGAACGGGCUUAAUGAAAUUUACUGAUACAGUUAAUGCUAAGGUUUAGCAUUAACUGGUUUUCAAGAGACAUUCCAAAAAAAAGGAAGAAAAACAGCUGUUAUCCUAUUACUUCCUGAUAGGGACGCCACCUCUUCUACACUUCACAGUAAGAAAAAUGAAAAGAGGUUAGAGAAGCAUUAGAGAAAGAAAUGGGAACAUUAACAUCUUUAACAGAAUUUUACUGAGCACUUGCAAAAGUAUAUUGAACCUAACUGAACAGACUGUUUUACUUUACACAUGCAAUAAUGUUUAUGUCUCUUAAGAAAGCAUCCCUUAAAAUUUUUGAUACUUAAUGAGUUAGAAGAUCAGAAUCAGAGGUAGAGCAUGUAUGCCUUUAGGUGUGUAUCUUCCUGUAGAACUUAUGAGUUGCUUAUGGUUUCAAUUACAGCAUUAGUAUUACUGUUUACAGUUGUGUCCUCCACAGGGGAUAUUUGAUAUUGAAGAGCUCAUGGAAAUCAAAUAUACUUGUCAAGUGCCCAUCAGGAAAAAAA